UGACGUUUUGAAUAUAUGAGCAAGAAGCUAAUAAGGAAGCUAACUAAGCUGUCAGCCAUGUUACUAAAAUUAUAUAGAAAUUUUGUGAAUAAUUUUCUAUUUCAACAAACAAUUAAUCUUUCUUCACGGAAUAAUGUACGCCUCUUUUCGACAAUGAAAGAUUAUAUUUCACAGGAGAAAAAAAUUAAUAUUAAUGGAUUAAAUAUCAAUUACCUGAAAAUUGGAACUGGCGAUCCCGUUUUGCUUUUACCUGGUGCAGCAGGUUCGAUUUGGACGGAUUUUAAACCACAAAUAGAGGGACUUGAUAAAGAAAAAUUCACGAUAGUAGCAUGGGAUCCUCCAGGUUAUGGAAAAUCAAGACCACCCGACAGAACAUAUCCGGAUGAUUUUUUUCAACGUGAUGCCAUUAUGGCAUGUGAUUUAAUGAAAGCCUUAGGUUACACAAAAUUUUCAUUGAUAGGAUGGAGUGACGGUGGUAUCACUUCUUUAGUACUCGCUUCAAUGUUUCCCAAUAAUGUUAAAAAAAUGGUUGCUCUUGCUGCAAACGCUUAUGUAACACCAGAAGAAAAAGAAAUUUAUAAAAAAUACGGAACUAUUGAUAAUUGGUCUGAAAAAAUGAGAGAACCGCUGAUAAAUGUCUACGGGGAAGAGUAUUUACGAAAAAUAUCGUUAAAUUGGUUGGAGUCUAUUUUGAGAAUUUGCGAAAAACAAAACGAUGAUUUGUGCAAAGAAUCGCUAAAGAAGAUCAAAUGUCCCAGUUUAAUCGUUCAAGGAAAUAAAGAUCCGAUGGUACUCGUUGAACAUGCAAGUUACUUGAAAGAUAACAUUGCUGGAUCGAAGGUAAAAAUUUUCGAAAAAGGUGCACACAAUUUACAUUUACGAUAUUCAGAAGAAUUCAACGAUAUCGUUACCAAAUUUUUAAUCGAAUAAUUGAAGAUAUAAAUUUGAUUCUUUCUCUACAAUA